CCCACUCACCGGUCAUCAACGGUGCAGAAUGCUAGCUGAGCUCUGCGCCGAAAAGCCAGCCUAGCGUCCCCUGUAUAUUCAACGCGAGGUUAAACGAGGUGGUCGACUCCAGCCGGCUGUCCCGGCAGCAGUGUGUAGGGUUGGCGUCCCGACGCCGGUGCUGCGGUGGGCGAUGACCGAGGACAGCGAGUACCGCAUUCGCCUGGUGACGCUGGGAUCCGGAGGCGUCGGCAAGAGCUCCAUCGUCAAGCGCUUCCUGUUCAACACGUACUCGGACCGCUACAAGCCUACGGUCGAGGACCUCUUCUGCAAGGAGUUCGACCUCGAGUCGAUGACGCUCAAGGUGGACAUCCUGGACACCGCUGGCGAUCAUCAGUUUCCGGCCAUGCGUCGGCUGUCGAUCGCCAACGGCCACGCCUUCCUUCUUGUCUACAGCAUCGACUCGAUCGCAUCGUUCGAGCUCGUCAAGCAGUGCUUCCAGGAGGUUAGGGAGCACAAGCCGGACUACCAGGAAGUGCCCAUAAUCGUGGCGGGCAACAAGAUCGACCUUCCGGCGGAUCGUCGCCAAGUGGGCAAGGAAGACGUGGCCGAGUGGCUCUUCUGCGACCUGCCCCGGCUGCGCGCAAAGUUCGUCGAGUGUUCGGCCAAGGAGAACACCAACAUCCGAGAGCUGUUCCGGGGAUACCUGCAGCUGGCGCGCAUCCCGCAACAUCCGGGCUCCGAGGCCGCGCCCCACCACCUCGCGCACGCCACGGUGGCGGCCACGGCCGCGGCGGGGCUGCAGCGUCGCUGCAGUGCCAGGGUCUCGGGCCCUCGUGCCAGGGGUCUAGCGUCGUUCUCUUCGUCGCUACAAGCGUCGCCUUCGUCUGCCGUGCCGGACAGGUCGCCCGAGGUGCAAGCCGCAGCCAAAGCCAAGCCCAGAAGCCGCUCGCUUAUCCGUAGGACAAGCAAGAAAGCGUCCAAGCUGAAGGAACACGGCGUGGACGACUGCACCGUCUCGUGA